CCAUGACCACCUCCACGACCCUGCGGCUCCGCCCUGCUCUGCUUUUCCUCCCUCUGCUCUGCCCUGCUCGGCUCUCGGUGAAGACUAGUAGACUAAUAGUUGGGUUAAAUAUUAUUAUUCUUAUUUUGAAUGGAAAUUGUUCGUCCAGGUAUUGACGUUGUUACGCAGAGGAAGCUUCGGGCACAGAGCUGCUGAUUCCGAGCCGCUGAGUCGCUGAGAAAUACGCUGCUGAACACACGAUGCCUGCCUCCAUCUAAACUCUGUGAUGGAAGCACAGAUAGGAGUUCUUUUCUUUUUUAUGGUAUGGAGCUCAUCGGCCGCUGGGGAGGUGAAGAUUCUGAGAGGCACUGAAGGAGGAAACAUCACUCUGCCUGUCCCUGCUAUCGACUCUGGAUAUCUUUCACUUGGGCCAAAGAUUCUUGCUAAUGUCAAUGAGGGGAAGAUCCAGAUACUGGAUAAUAAGUACAAGCACAGACUUCUCUGGAACAGAACCACUGGACUCUUUACACUCACAGGACUACAGAGGGCUGACUCAGGGAUAUAUGCCAUUUCCUCUAAAUCUUAUAACCUCACAGUGCAUGAGCCUGUCUCAGAUCCUACAGUGAAGAGGCUUAGUGUGAGCACUGAGAGCUGCACCUUGCUGUGUGCUGUGGACCAAGCUGCAGAAACUACACUGUUGUGGUACAAAGAUGAGGAGAAACUGAACGAGAGCAGCUCUGCUCUCCCUCUUCCUCUCAUUAUACACAGGCAGGAUUUCAACUCUUCAUAUAGAUGUGUAGCUGCCAGCCCUGCUGAGAAGAAAACUCUUUCAGUCACUGUUAAGACAUUGUGUGAACACAACCACACAAACAGCACAGAUGACAUCAGACACAAAAGACACCAUACAGUUGGAAUUGUAAUCUCCAUCCUGUCUGUUGUGAUUGUUACACUUGUUGCCUUUUUCAUCAAGUGGAAGUGUCUUGACAAGAACAAAAGGAUAACCAGACAAACACAAGGCAGGUUUAACAAACACAGAACAAGAAGUGCAGUAUACUGACAUACAAAUAUGUGAAGACAGACUCAGUCGGGGAGGAAAUUUACCAGGAGCGGUUGACUCCCAUCUAAAAACCGUUUAUGAUCAACUCGAGGUUCAUCGCAUGGUGCCACUUCACACAGUCACCGCUGAUAUGGUGUGAGAACAAACUUACACGAGUGCCACAUACAGCAACUGUGCAGUAAAUAUUUGCAUCAUAUACCUGCUCAAACCAUCAGACUGAACUUUGAUGUGGUCAUCAAGAAGGUUUCCAUCAUUUUAAAAUCUUUUCAGGUAAACUUCUUUAGCCUCCCCCAAAUAAUAAGGCAAACGUGCACAGAAAGUUGGACUGUAUUUACUGAUGAAUGUUUUUUAAAUUCCUGGGUUGUCUAACAAAACUGUUUCAGUCCCCCCCUCCCCACACACACACACACACACACCUUGGGGCUGCACGUAACAAGGAGUGAUUCUAGGGACCAGUAGGAAAGG